CACGGUACCCUGCGUCUCUCCGGUGGAGCACGGCUACUCUCCCGUGUCAGUCAGUCCCUUCCCCGCAGGGCGCAGGGACGGAGACACCCUGCUUUUCUGGAUGACUUUGGGCGAACCCCGUGCCUCUCUGCGCGUGCGUCUUCCCAUCUGUAGUGUUUGCAGCCGGAGCAAGCGAAUUCCGAAGGGGUGGGGCCUGGGGCUGCGCGCCGGCCUUCCCAGCACUUGGGCGGUGGAGGCAGGAGGAUUGUGUGGUUGAGGUCGGCUUGUGCUACGAAAACGUAAACUAAAGAGCAGACGUGUCUGUGGCACGCGGGUGGAGGACUGAGCCCGGCUCCCCCUCGCCUAGCCAUUCACCUUCACAACCGUGAAGUGGCGGCGGGAUGGACAGGUUCCUGGUGAAGCCUGAUCAGGACGACCUCCGAGGGGAAAGGGAGGAGCCAGCCCCGUCGGGAGGAGCCUCGGGCGGCCAGCCGAGCCCCAACUGGCGGCACCUUCGCGGGCAAGGUCUGGAUUGUGAUUACACUGUCCUGUUUGGCAAAGCCGAGGCAGACGAGAUCUUCCGAGAGUUGGAGCAACAAGUGGAGUAUUUUACCGGUGCCCUGGCCAAGGUCCAGGUGUUUGGAAAGUGGCACAGCGUUCCCAGGAAGCAGGCGACCUACGGAGAUGCUGGGCUGACAUACACGUUUUCCGGUCUCACGCUGACACCGAAGCCCUGGAUCCCAGUUCUAGAGAGUGUUCGAGAGCGAAUCUGCAGGGUGACAGGACAGACCUUUAACUUUGUGCUCAUCAACAGGUACAAAGAUGGCAGCGACCACAUCGGAGAGCACAGGGAUGAUGAACGAGAGCUGGCCCCCGGGAGUCCCAUCGCGUCUGUCUCCUUCGGGGCUUGCAGAGACUUCCUCUUCCGGCACAAAGACUCUCGAGGGAAGAGGCCCCGGCGGACAGUGGAGGUCGUCAGGCUGCAGCUGGCCCACGGGAGCCUACUGAUGAUGAACCACCCCACUAACACCCACUGGUACCACAGUCUCCCUAUCCGCAAGAAGGUCCUGGCUCCUCGGGUCAAUCUGACUUUUCGGAAAAUUUUACCUAGUAAAAAAUAA